AUGGCCGACUUCCAUGAGACAAGAUCGCCCCUGACAAACGAAAAUGUCCAAGCAUGGGCGCGUGCGAAUUUUGCCGCGCCGUUUCGCGCCCUGCCACGCGCCGCAAGACUGCAUUGGAUCCAGUUCGACGAGAGCUUCACCAUCAGCAGAGCCAUCUGGCGAGGGCUCGGCCGCUCCACCCACAAGCAAUUGCUUGUCAUCGGCGGAUAUGCGCCAGGCCCCGCGGGCGACGACGAUGAACCCAUAGAUCGGGUCACCGCGCACGUCCACGAAGAUGAGGCCGAGGUCAGCUUUUAUCGCAUUACCGAGUUGGAGGACGGCGCACACGAGUUGCAAGCUGUGAAUAGUACCAGUACUGUUGCUUUCCAUGCGCCUUUUUGUGAUGUUGGAGACGAUACCGGCGGCUCCAAAGCCAUCCAUCGUGUGUCGGCCCUCAUUCUCUACUAUUUCUUGGCUGCGGGCCACGUGAAGGAGUUAUGUCGGACAAGAUCAGAUCCUACCAUGUUUACCAGGAAUUUCCGCGACGCAUGUUUGUGGGUGCAGAACGAGGGGGAAAGACCAUUGCUGCCGCCGUCUAGGAAAUCGGAACCCAGUACGCCCAUUGAAAAGGAUUCGAUCGCUGUUCGGCCAAAGCGAUCAUCUACCGUCUCAUCAUUAUCAAGAUCCAUACCGGAAGACAUCCAGGUCCAGCCGCCAUCCAUCAAACGCGCAGCAACCGACAACUUGAGUGUCAAGAUCAAACGCGAGCGCGAUGAAGACUACCCCAGCAUCGCAUCGGCUAUUCGUCCAAAGAAACACCGUCGCACCGUCAGCGAGCAAAUCGUACCACCCUCAAAUCUCAAAGACUCAACUUCCGUCCCAUCACCGUUAUCCAUCCUCAGCCCGCGCAGCCCAGCACCAGAGCGCGUAAACCGUGCACUAACAGAUCGAAUCCAACACCUCAAAGACGAAAACGCCGGUCUCAAAGCCUCAAACACCAGCCUAGAGACCGAAAAAACCGACCUCCAAAAGCGCAUGGAAAAAGAAUCCCACGCCUACCGCGGCCUGCAAAUCGAAUCCGACGCGCUAAAGAAAGAGUCUGAGAACAUGAGAAAAGAGAUGAUGGCCAUGAAAGAGCGAUUGGAAUCUGUCGAAACAUCAGGCGAAAAGCUACGGGUGGAAGUCGAUCGAUUAACAGCCGUAGAAGAAGCAAGCAAAGAACUACGAAAAGAACUAAGGAAUGAAGUUGAAAAACUGAGAGGGCGGGUCGAGAGAAGCGAGAAAGAGGCUGAAAAUGCGAAAGAAGAGCUGCUGGCUGUGAGGCGUGGGUUAACGAAAGAGCUGGGCGAGGCGGUCAAGAAGUGGGGUGCGUAA